CCCAGGACCUUAAUCUCUAUCCCAAUUGCUGCCGAGCUUCAAUCAAGAGCAGGAACAACAACAUUUGUUGCGUUCUCUGGUGGAAUCCUGAUCCUGGCCCUCAUCUCCAUUGUGAUCUCGAGAUGGGCCUGCCUUGGAUAUAGGUGGAGAGGACGAGCAAAAGUAUGA